AUGGAUUUCACACUUGCAUCUUAUUUCAACGCGUUUGAUGUUGAUAAGGAUUACGAAGUUGAAUUUUCCAACGUAGAUUCCAAAUUAGAAUCAAUCACUGAUUCAUUGGCAAACAACCCAGAAUCAUUGAAUUUCAACAAUGAGUUAUUUGAAGACGUUCUUGAGUUAGUUCAUGGAUUCAGAGUUUUACAAGAUAAACAAUGCCAUCAAGUAGCAUAUCUUGUGACUUCAUCAUUCAAUACCAUCGGUCAAACCUUUGAUACAGCAAUACGAAGUGGUGAUUUCCUUGAUAACAUUGACACAAUCAAAUCAACUUUAGAAAAAUAUGGGUAUCUUAUGUUCGUUCUUAUUAAAUAUCUUGGAAAACAGGACUUUUCACAAAUUGGAAAUGCCAGGUCUCAAAAGUCCGUGCCUCGUGAAUUGUCUGCAAAAUGGAAAUCCAACUGUACUGAAGUCGAAAAUGGAUUGUCUGCCAUUGGAACGAUUUUGAGUAUGGAUCUCAGUAAAAUAUUUGUAACAACCCCUGAAAGAGAUGCUUAUAUCGAGUUAUUUUCAAGACCAAUAGUUAAUUUAAUGGAAAGUCCAGAGAGAAUGAAGUUAGUUCCCAUUAGGAUGUUGAUUUUUAAAGUCUUAUGUGUUGCCGUUACCAAACAUGGUCAUGGUACAAUGCUUCAGCAUUCAAUAAUUCAAUGUCUAACCUAUUAUGCCCAUUUACCUCAAUAUAUGGCUGCGUUAUUACAUACAUUGACAGACAAAUAUGAUUAUAUGACUUUGACUGAAGAUGUUUUACGUGAAAUUUCUCAAACACAUUUCAAUUCUAACGAUACAACCGGUCCUAAGGCAGUGUCAGAAUUUCUUAUUAGAUUAUCAGAGUUGAGUCCCAAAUUAAUCUUAAGACAGAUGACGAGUAUUUCCCAGUUGUUGGACAAUAGUAACCAAACAUUAAGAUGCUCUGUGGUGGAAGCAUGUGGGAAUAUUGUCGUUGAUAUGAUCAAGAGUAGCAACAAAGAACAAGAUGAAAAUGAAGAUACACACAAUUACAGUCAACAGGUUGCCAAACUUUUGGAUCUACUAGAGGAACGAUUUUUGGAUCAGAACCCAUAUGUACGUACCAAGGCAUUCCAAGCCUUGACUAAAGUAGCUGAUUUAAAGGUUAAGUUGACAGAAAGAAGACAAUCAAUGAUGAUGGCUGCAGUAAGGUCAUUAGAUGAUAAAAGUGCUUUAGUUAGAAGAAACGUCAUUAAGUUAAUGUCCAAAUUGAUUUUAAAACACCAGUUUCAAGGCUCUCAUGGUACACAAUUGAAAUUGAGUUUCUGGAAACAGAAAUUAGAUGAAGCAGAAGCAGAGUUGUUAAAAUAUAUUCCACCUUCUAAUUCCCCUAUUAAAGGACGCUCCAAUGCAGAUUCCAACGAAAUCGAGUUAGAUGCAGUUGAAGAGAGCAAAGAUGAAGACGAACAAAGUGAACAUUCGGAUAAAGAAAAUGAAGGCGAGGACGGCAGUGAGAAACCACCAGAUGAGGUACAAGAUGAAGACAAUGAAGAAGAGGAAACUGGUACGAUAUCUAUGUUGGAAGAGAACUUACCUGAUGUUACAGUUUUGGCAAGAGCUAAAUUGACAGCUAAUUAUUGCAAAGAUGCUGUUGAUUUCAUAGAAGCUGUGCAUCAUGGUACUGAUGUAAUUUCGAGAUUAUUAUUCUCAAAGAAUCGAAAUGAGGCUAUUGAUGCCAUGGAUUUCCUUGUUUUGGCAGAUGCAUAUGGUAUCGAAAAUGCUCAGAUAGGAAUUCGGAAGAUGUUACAUUUAGUAUGGAUGAAGGGAUCCAGUGAUGAAGGAAAAUCUGUUGCUUCUCAUUUGAUUGAUUGUUAUAAGCAUUUAUUUUUGAUUGCUCCUGAUUCUGCGAGCCGAAUGGAAAAGGCUGCUUAUAUUGCCAAGAAUUUAAUCGGAUUAACUUACAGUGCCUCAGUAGCGGAUUUAGCAUCUUUGGAGAAAUUGUUAGGAUUGAUGUAUGCUUCCAUGAUGAUUAACUUUGAAGUCAUAAAUGUUCUAUGGCAAAUCUAUAGUAUAAAUGAGGAAAGCGAGGAAAUGAAAAGCAAACGAAGAGGUGCUAUAAUUGUCUUGGGAAUGCUUGCUCUUGAAGACAAUCAAAUUGCGGUUAAAGGAUUUGAUGCUUUGUUGAAUAUUGGUCUUGGUGACGCAGGAAAAGAUGAUUUGAUGCUUGCAAGAUACACAUGUAUUGCUUUACAAAGAGUUGUUCCAACGAGUACCAAACGAAACUCCACUGCUAUCAGAAUUCCAAAUGAAGAGGAGGCAAUUGAAAAAUUGAAAUUGAUAUUAAUUGCAUACAACGAUAAGCCUGAAUGGUAUUCAUUAACAGAACAAGCCAUUUCUGCAAUUUAUCAAAUAGCAUCUAAACCAGAUCAAAUAUGCUCUGAUAUCAUAAAGGAGAAAUCAAUCGCAGUAUUUGGCAAAAAUCGUUCACCAACAGAAAAUCAAGCCAUUGCAUUGUCUCAGUUGUUAUUUAUAGUUGGUCACAUUGCCUUGAAAUCCAUAGUUUAUCUUGAAAAGCUUGAGGGGGAAUUCAAGAAGAAGAAGCAUGAUGCUGAGACAAAUAAGGGUACUGGCUCUAAAGGAUCAUCAACAAAUAAUGGUCAAGAAGCAGAAGGCGAAAAUGAAUUGGAAAUGAUUGGUGGUACUUCAGAAGAUGAUUUUGCAGACGCAGUUGUUCAUGUGAAGGAAAGAGAAAUACUUUAUGGAGAAACAUCUUUAUUGGCCAAGUUUGGACCCUUGGUGAAAGAUAUUUGUGCUCAUUCUAAACAGUACAGAAAUAAAACUUUACAGAGAUCAGCUGUUUUGUGUCUCGUGAAAUUAAUGUGUGUCUCUUCUAUAUAUUGUGAAGAGAAUUUACCUUUAUUGCUUCAAAUUAUGGAGAAUUCAAAGGAUCCAAUAAUAAGAUGUAAUUGUGUUUUGGGAUUGGGAGAUAUGGCGGUUUGUUUCAACAAUAUUGUCGAUGAGAAUACAGACUCCAUUUACCGUCGUUUAACUGAUAAGAGUCUUAUGGUUCAACGAACUUGUUUGAUGACAGUCACAUUCUUAAUUUUGGCAGGGCAAGUGAAGGUCAAAGGUCAAUUAUCAUCGAUGGCUAAAUGUUUGGAGAAUCCAGAUCAAGGAAUCAGUGAUAUGUGUAGACUAUUCUUUACUGAAUUGUCAACGAAAGAUAAUGCUAUCUAUAAUGGGUUCAUUGAUAUUUUCAGUGGGUUAUCUCAUGAUGCAAGCUUGUCUAAGGAUGCAUUUAAGAGAAUCAUCAAGUUUUUGGUAGGGUUCAUUGACAAAGAAAGACAUCAAAAACAAUUGGCUGAGAAGUUAUUGGCAAGAUUACCUAAAUGUGAACUGGAAAGUCAAUGGCAAGAUGUGGCAUUCGUAUUGAACACCAUUGCAUACAAGAAUGAUGCUAUAACAAGUGCAUUGGAUGAAGGAUUCAAAUUGGUUCUGGCUAAGCAAUGA